GCCCACUAACAAUACCACGACUUUGGAAUUUUGAGUUAGCCUUGUUAGGUGGCUCUGGUUGACUCUUUUGCAGAUUUGCGUUAGGUGCUUCGGGCUUGAGGCUGAAGCUUUGUUAUGAUUGUUUUUCGAAGGUUUCUUCUUCGGUCAAGUCUUUCUUCGAUGGAAAUCAGAUUUAUUUGAAGCUUUUCUCGUGCAGUAAUUAAAGGAAGAUAACUUGGAGGUGCUAUGGAUUUUUGGCAGGAUAGCCCUCUUUCACAUGUGGUUUCCUGGUGUAAGAAAAUCAUGCAUGUGAAACGCUGUGAAAGGAUUUAUCUGUCGCUUAUACCAAAGACUGAAUAUUUGUUUGAUUUAAGAGAUUCUAUGAAGGAAGAAAUGAUCAAAGAAUUAAUGGUUGGGACAACACGAACAAAGGAGUGUCGAGAAUGGCUGAUCAAGGUAAGAGAGUUUGAAAUUCGUGCAAAUGAAUUAAUAAAAUUUCAUGAGGAGACUCCAGACUCUUUGAGGCUUUACAUGAAGCAGCCACAUGCUGAUUUGAUGAAUAUUCUUGAUGAAAUUACCCAUCUUUUGGAGAGUUUUCCAUUGCAAGGGGCAACUAAAUCAAUGAGUUGUUCAAUGAAUGGGGGCAAGAGUUUUGGUCCUGCUGAAAGAACUGCAAAUGAUUACUUGAGGAGGAAAAUUGGAUUUAAAGGUCAGGCAUAUUUAGAAACUGGAACAUCUCAUGCUAUGGGAAAGGAUGCUGAAAAGAGGGAAGAGACGCUGCCUGAUAGAUAUGUUGAGAAUGAAACCUUAAUGGCAUCAUCAGCCCUUAAACCUGAGGAAAGCCAGCUCAUUGAAUCAGUGGAAUCUCAGUCGUUCAAGAUAAAAAAUGUAGAGCCAAUUACAACAUUCGGAUCAAUAGUUGGCAUGCGAUCUCCCAUAUCUGGUAAUUUUGAGGUGGUUAGCAAAAAAGCAUCUGCAGCAGUUAUAAAGUCUUUGUUGCCAACAGAUCAGAUCACUUCGUCUAGUAUAGACCCCAUGACAAAGCAUGAUAUGGCAUCUUCUUCACGAAAUGAAAUCUUACCAGCACAUGAAGAUGAGAUUGAGCUUAUUUCUUUUGAAGGAGAAAUGAAACCACUUUUGUCACCUAAAAUUCUGGGGACCAUGCAUGAUGAAAUUGAAGUAGUUUUUUCCAGUUAUGAAACAGAAUCAGAGGAUGGUUCAGAGGAAGCAAGGCAGGGGUCUUCAGUUGAACCUAAUAUUGGAAUGGGAGUGUCCACCUCUCUCCAAAGUCAUAUACCCACAGUAGAACCAGUUAGAGGAACAUCUUUAAGAAAAGAUGAAAUUCUACCUAUUGAUGAGACAAGGGAUCCUUGUCAAACUGAAGACACUCAGGGGAUCUUUGAACCAGAAGUAGUUGCCAAGACAACUGUUGAGUGCACUGUGUUGAAGAUCUUGGAACUUUUGAAUGAUUAUACAGUCAGAAGAAUCGGUGUUUAUGGCAUUGGAGGAGUUGGCAAGACUACCGUGCUGAAAGCCUUGAUCAAUUAUCCCAAGACAAAAGGCAUGUUUGAUUUGAUCAUUUGGGUGACAGUAUCAAAAUUUUGGAGUAUAAGAAAGAUGCAAUAUGAGGUUUUAAGGCAAUUAUCAACACAGAAUGAAGGUUUAGGGGAGUUAUCGUCAUCCCUUUCAAAGUCUGUCUCUGAAAUUAGCACAUAUUUGUUCCAAUAUUUGAAAGACAAGAAGUUUUUGCUUCUUUUGGAUGAUGUCUGGGAGAGGAUGGAUUUAGAGGCAGUUGGCAUACCUAAUCCUAGCUCAAGAAAUGGUUCUGCAUUGAUACUGGCAACCAGAAAAUUAGAGGUUUGUGGUGACAGGCACCCGAUUAAUGUGAUCAAAAUGGAAACUGUCUCUAAGGAAGAAGCCUGGGAAUUGUUUUGUGAACAAGUAGGUGGCAUUGUCAAUGCACGAGGUAUCCAGUCCUUUGCUCAAGGUAUUGUUGAGAGGUGUGGAGGUCUGCCUCUGCUGGUUAUUGUCACUGGAAGAGCUCUGUCAGGGGAGGAAGAUGUCUUUGCAUGGGAGCAAGCGUUCAAGCAAUUUUCAGGGCCUUAUAGAGAUAUGACAGAUUGUAAUGACAUGAUCCAACUUUUAAAAUUCAGUUUUGACCGAUUGAAGCUUCAUGAUAUACAGACUUGCUUUCUUCAUUGCGCAUUAUUUGCUGAAGAUGAAGAGGUUAAUAUUUCUGAAUUUGUAAAAUAUUGUAUCCAAGAAGGUUUGAUUGCUGGAAGUAUGGCUGAUGCAUAUAAGAGGGGCCAUGAUAUAGUAACUAUUCUUGAACGUGCCUUUUUGCUAGAAAGUACUAGCAAUCAUUCCAUCAAAAUGCAUGAUAUGAUGAGGGAUUUAGCACUGGCAAUCUUGUCACAGGAAGAAGGUAGUCAGUUUCUGUUGAGAGCUUACUCAAAAGCAUUAAAAUUAGGAAAUCAUUCAUUGCCCGGACCGCAAGAAAGCCCCCAGAGCAAUAGAUUGUUUAUUCCUAAUGAUCAUCAAUUCAUAUUGAGAGCUGGUUCAGGUCUGACCAAGCCACCUUCGGUGGAGGAAUGGAAAAAAUCUAAGAUGAUCUUUUUGAUGGACAAUAAGUUGUCUACUUUGCCUGAGAGGCCAAGUUGCCCUGGACUCUUGACACUGUUUCUUCAAAGUAAUUUCAGGCUGAGAGUUAUACCCAUGUCCUUCUUUGACUGCAUGCCCUGCUUGAAAGUGUUAAACUUAUCAAAGACCAGAAUAAAGUGUCUGCCAACAACAAUUUCUAAACUUAUAAACCUUGAAACUCUCAUUCUUUGUCAUUGUGAACGCCUAGUUACGCUUCCCUCUGAUAUUGGAUCCCUCAAACUUCUUCAGGUACUUGAUCUUAGAGGCACAGAGAUCAGCAUAUUACCUGAUGAGAUUGGUGAACUAGCCUCUUUGAGGUACUUGGAUGUAUGCUUCUAUGGAUCUGUCAACCGCAGUGAGUAUGUUAAAUUGCCACAUGGAUUGAUUUCUGGUGGGAUAAUAUCUAGGCUCCAUGCUUUAAACUCACUGGGCAUUAGUGUGUGCCCAGGAGAUGAGAGGUGGGAUAAGUGUGUCAAAUCUAUCACUUGUGAGGUGAGUAAAUUGAUGGAGUUAACUUCUCUCUCAUUUUAUUUCCCAGAAGUAGAGCUUCUUGAACUGUUCCUCCAAAGAAGCAUAGCCUGGAUUGACCAAUGCUUAACUGAGUAUAAAAUUGUGGUUGGCCGUGACAUCAAACGCAUUGUGUCACGGGUCCCACAUUAUGUGGAGCAUGACUAUGGUCUAAUGAGCCAAUGCUUGAGAUUUGUUAAUGGUGAGAAGAUACCUGAUGCAAUUGUUAAAGUACUAGCCUGUUGUUCUGCUUUCUAUUUGGAUCAUCACCUUGACAUAAGUAGCAUAUCAAAAUUUGGGAUUGGCAACAUCAAUAAAUUGAAAUACUGUAUAGUAAGUGAAUGUCCAGCAAUUAAAGCUAUUCUGGAUGGUGACAAAUUUACCGAGGUUGUUUUUCCAUACCUGGAGCGCUUAAGUAUCCACUAUUUGUGGAAUUUGGAAUACAUCUGGGAGGGUGUUGUUCCUGAAGGAAGCUUUGCUAUGCUACAAUCUCUGUAUGUGCAUGCAUGUCCAAAGUUGAAAUAUGUCUUCAAAAGCUCCAUGCUCCAAUUCAUUUCUAACUUAGAGGAGUUGAUAGUUGAUGAUUGUACAGCGAUUGAGAAAAUUAUAUUCAAUGAUAAGACCACUGAUUCGGGUCAGAUUUCCUACUCCAAUUGCAAAAGAUUAAGUCUUCACUACCUUCCAGCAUUAGAUAAUAUUGGGGAAGGUGCUUGGCCCUUGUGCGAACAUAUCAGUGUAUACAAUUGCCCUAAUUUGAGGAAGAUCAAUUUAGAUUCCAAGUUGAAACACACUCUGAAGGAGAUUAAAGGUGAGAAGGAUUGGUGGGAUGCAUUAGAUUGGAAGGAACCUGCUCUACGCAUGGAUUUUGAGGACCGAUUUGCUCCAGUUAGUGAGGAUGAUAUAUAAGAGGAGAUAGUAUCCAUAAUGUCUUCAUUUUUAACUGAAGACUUUGGAAGUUGGUGUUAAUUGUGAUGUGUAAGAAGCAAGAGUUAUUACCCAACAAACUAUAAACUGAGGCUGAACAGGAGCUGGUAUCACUUGGCAGUUCAUCUAAUCAUAGGAGUUAACUGCUCUGAAAUUUGUUCGGAACCUAAAAAUGUCAACUAGGCGAAUGCUACUGUCAUCUUGUAAAAAAUAAGAGUCACUUCUAAGGGAGCAAAUUUUUGAAUUCUUACCUGUAAAGAGAUUGCAGUGGUGAAUCAGCUCAGCACACAGUAGACACAGAGAAAGGUGAAAAUGGCUGUCCAUCCCUAACUGAUGCUGUUGGAAUGGUAAAGAAAACAGUCAGGAAUGGCGCUUUCUGGAACAUGGAUUGAUCUCUAUAAAACUGAAACUAGCAUUGCAGAGAAAGAAUUGCCUGCAAUAGCUUCUCUGGUCGGGUAAGUAGACGACAAGGCAGCAUGCUAACGUGGCUUAAUUUGUUGCAUCAGUGGAUUGACAGGAAGGCAAUGGUUGAAACAAUUAAGCAUUUUUGUUUCGAAGGAUCCUUGAUUGUUCUUUUCUCUUAGAAAUUUGCAUAUAUUUUCAUUUUGAACAAUUAUUCUAUACAUUGAUAUGGUGGAACUUUUAAAUUCCAUGAAUGAAUUUAGAUUAUCGAAA